UCCCUGUCGGCAGCCUGAGGUAGUCUGCAGCAGUUAGGUUCACAUUUCAUGAGGCACAGAGGAAGAGUGUGUGUCCGUAUGGGGGAGAGGGAGUGUGGGGGUGUCUCCAGAUGUUGAUGGAUGAACCCGGCUGCUCUUUACGCAAUGUGGAUGUAAUUUCCAAACACAAAUAACGAUGGACUAAACAAAUUGAUGCUGAAACGGUCAACUUCACAACGAAAAGAGGUAAUCACAAAAACGUAAUGGAGGCAGAAAGUCUUAUUCAACACAUUGAUCGAGACGUGGAGGCCACCUCACUGCCGUUCUCAGUGACCGCUGACUGGUUGGAUGACGGCAACGAGACGACGGUGAAUCAGUUCCAGCAGCCCGACUGGCAGGUGGCUCUCUGGGCUAUUGCCUACUCUUUGAUCAUUCUAGUGUCCGUCACUGGAAACGUCACCGUCAUAUGGAUUAUUCUGGCUCACAGACGUAUGAGAACGGUCACCAACUACUUCAUUGUCAACCUGGCCUUCUCUGACGUUUCCAUGGCAACCUUCAACACCCUUUUCAACUUUGUGUAUGCCCUUCACAAUGACUGGUACUUUGGCCUGGGCUACUGCAGAUUCCAGAACUUCUUCCCCAUCACUGCCAUGUUUUCAUCCAUAUACUCCAUGGCGGCCAUUGCAGUGGACAGGUACAUGGCUAUCAUCCACCCGCUGAAACGCCUUUCCUCCACCUCCACCAAGGUUGUGAUUGGUCUGAUUUGGAUCGUAGCUGUGUUGCUGGCGUUUCCUCAGUGCUACUACAGUGUGACAAGAUUUUAUUACCCAAGAACCGUGUGCAUGGUUGACUGGCCAGAUGAUUAUGGAGGAACACACCAACUGAGUUACCAGUUUGCUGUGAUAUUGCUGAUCUACUUGCUCCCUCUGCUGGUGAUGCUGGUGACCUACAGUUUGAUUGGCCGCACACUGUGGGGUGGGCACAUCCCUGGAGAGGCGUCAGACCACUACCACAGCCAGAUAACGGCCAAGAGAAAGGUGGUUAAGAUGAUGGUCGUUGUCGUGGCAACCUUUGCUUUGUGCUGGUUACCAUACCACAUCUACUUCAUCCUUGGAACUUUCAACACAGACAUUUAUAAGCAGCAGUACAUUCAACAGGUGUAUCUGGCUAUAUUCUGGUUGGCGAUGAGUUCGACCAUGUAUAAUCCGAUCAUUUAUUGCUGUCUCAAUCAAAGGUUUCGUGCUGGUUUCCGCCAUGCGUUUGCUUGGUGUCCUUUCAUUAAAGUGUCUGAGGAGGACAAGAUGGAGCUGCAGCAUACACACACCUUCAGAGUCACCAUGACACGCAGCCACCGCAACAACAGCGCAUACGCCCACAGCUCCAUCAGAAAUAGCAACAAGUCUGUGAGCACUGAGCCGUACACAGAGAAAGACGCUUGCAUACAGUUUAAAAAACACACUCCGUCCUACAGCAAAGAUAAUACAGACAUGGGCGAUCAAAAACACACAUCAGCCAAACUUAUUGAACACACUCACUGACAACUGAAAGAAAGAAAUACAAGAGAAAAGCCCACGACUACGAAGGACAGAGGAAAGUCUGCCAAAUAUCAUCCAGACACCACGAAGAACUUGAUCAAAUCAGUUCACUGAAGUCGGGCCAUUAACUAUUUUUUUGUUGCUGAGAUUUAUGAAUGAAUGUGACAAUGAAGCUGAUGGAUGUUUGUCUGUGCCUUUGUGGUGAAAAUAUAUGGAACAAAGAAGUGACCUGCUGCACCUACCACACGACAACAGAGCUUAUUUCUGUUUGUUUAUAGAGUUUGCUGUUAGUGUUAAAGUCUGAAGAUCAACCCAUCCAUCAUUUUUUAUUUUCCAUUCUGACACAUCGCAGUCUUGAUCAAUGACACUUUAUUCUUCUUUGUGGAAAGCUGUGAAUUGUGGAUAUUUUUGAUAUAAGUGUUGAGUUUUUAACUGUUACUGGUGUUCAAUACAGGAGAAUCGAUGAACAGUCUACUGGCAUCAGCAUGAAGCCUUAAUAAUAUGUAUUUAUUUUUCAGUGGGUGAGUUACUUCUUAAAGGGACAACCAACAUCAUUUCAUUUUUUUAAAGUGUUAAUUAUGGUCAUUCAGUGGAUCCCAUCUCUGUAGAAAAAAUGAUGUAGAGUCAGAAUUCCAAGUCAAGGACAAAAAAUGCUUCACUUCACAUUUUCAUUUGGUUUAAAGUGAUCCAAAAAAAGUGAAAUAUUAUCUUGGUCUCCUUGACUUAAAAUAUUGAUCUUGAAUUAAAAUAUCCCACUUUUUUUCAAUUAGACUUUAUGUUUCUACAGAAAAUCUCAUCACUGAA